AUGCCAGACAUUCUACUAUCCCAUCCAAUCCUGUGGAUAUCUCCGGGCCAUUGGAAUAUCACCAUCGAUUCGUGGAAUCAAUUCCGUAUAACUAAUUUCAACGAAACGACGAUUGCCAGUGAAGUAUUACACAACGGCACACAUGGAGUGCUGGAACAAACACUAUUUGUAAACAAUGGUCUGCUGAAUAUGACUCAUCUGACUAGCCUGCGAAUGUCACCGUUCCAACUGAACUCCUUACUCACAUCCAGAAAGGGCCGCGCAUGGAUAACUGGAUACAAACAGGGCGCCAAAGAAUAUCUGAUUGAAGCAGAACAUUCGCGGAAUGACGAGGAUAGUUCGGCACAAAGUCGACGAAAAGAUCUAGUUGCUCGCUUUUUCCUGGAUCCGGAGAACACGAUUCAUGCAAAUCUGAACUGGAGACCAGGCCUCAUCAAUGAAUUACUACUACACGGAACAGAACUGACCGAUAUGGUACGGAUGCGGACGUUAUUGAGAAAUCCGGUCCCAAUUGAGUCGUCAGGAGAGUUGCUCCUCUCGUUGUUCGCCGAUCAUAAUCGCACCGCUCUCAUCAAUCACCAUGAGCUACGAGCAUGGCGAGAGGGUGUAUUGGACGACAUGCGUGAAUUCACCAAAACAUUGCGCACUUGGUGGGAAGAAGAUCACUUCUACAUGAAAACCAGCGAAAUGCCUGUGAUUGAACAGCUGGGUUUGUUCAAUGUUACCGAGCUGGAUUACAAUAUUAGUCAAGUGCAGGAAAUGAUGAUAAACGAAAUUUUAAACAUUUUGAAAAAGGCUGCCUUAGAGGACCUACAAUUUUCCAAGCAAUUGGAGAUGUUUAAACCCGAAAUUGAACGCGAUAAAUUUCCCCUGUUUAGGCCCACAUUUGAAGCCAUGGCACGGAUGGUAAACGGGACAAUUUGGGCCAGUGAACAGUUUGCCAAUUUUCUGUUCAAUAAGGUUGCAGCAUGUACAAAUGCGGUCUACAUAUUGCAACAGGGCCUUCGCAACUGGUUUGAUCACAAAUAUGCGUGGAUUGGAAACCUGAGUCAAUCGCCAUUUGUACAACAGUUGGGAGAAUUCUUCACGCGUCUGCAGUCCGAUAUCCCGGCCUUGAAACCGAUGAGUUGUUUCACCAAUAUGAUGAUUGAAAGCAUCUCAGCUUUGGUACGGCAAACCAUUCAAUAUUGCAAACGUCUUGCCUUGGACUCUUUCGCUGGGAAAGAGUUACAGGAACUUGUCACCCUAAUGGCAACCGGUCACUUUGAGAACGCCAGUCGUCUAUUUUUCAAACCUCACCUGACCCAGUUCACAGCCGAUUUGGAAAACGGUUUGGCCAAGCUUUCUGUGCACAUUCCGAUUCUCUUUGAAAAAAUAACUGAAACAUUAAUCGGAUCCCAAUCUUAUCCGAAGCAGUUGCUAUCCUGGAUUUAUCCUUCACGAGGAAUGAAAUCAAUAAUGUACGCGUAUGAUCAAUAUCAGCGAAACUUCGAGGCAAUGCGCAAACUUAUUCAUCUCAUACCUCCUUACAAAGUCACCGCCUGGCUGCUCAUGGACCAGACAAACAAUGGCUACAUCAUCACAUUCAACGGUCUGUAUAUUCCGGUCGCUUAUCCUCAUCCGGGACCGUACUUGCUCGUGGCAAAUACCGACGGCAACAGAAAACUACGUGUUGUGCAUCAGUUUGCAGACUCUGCGAACAACAGUGAUUGGCACACUGAUAUCACUGUCGGUCCGGUGACUGUCCGUGUGACAAGCAACGGUCAAGUUCAAGAGUUCGACGGUGCCACGGGAACGUCGAUUUGCUUACCAUAUGUAAGAAAAUUGGAUUCAAACACCGUAGUCCGUGUGACUAGAAACGAGGAUCGCAUUACUUUGAGUGUGAUUGGAAACAAUCGUCCGGACGAGCUGAUUUCAAUGUUGUUUGACUUACGCCUUGGGCAUAUUCGCAUACAGCUGGACGGGUCCUGGCACGGACAAUGCCGAGGUCUACUGGGUACGAAUGAUUUUGAGCAGUUGCAUGAAUUAUUCGACCCCAGUGGCGCAGUGAUAUGGAACCAGACAAAGAUAGCCGGACUGUGGUCCUACGCAUCACAGGAUCAAACCGAUUCUGGUCAGAUUCAAAAUUUGCUCGGCGUCCCUUCGGAGCAGUCAAGCGUUUUGUGCAACUCAAUAUGGCAGAAGUUUCAGUCUUGUUUCAUGGAGGUGCCACCGGAUCCAUGGAUUGGAGCAUGCGCGUCCGCUAUGGACCGGAAAAAAUCCGCCAAGGAGGACGAACAUGAAAAGAAACGCGAAUGGGAUGAGCAAUCUUGUAUGGUUGUCCGUGCCUACGUUCAAACAUGUAAUCGGCAAGACGUGCCAGUACGAGUUCCUCAUCAAUGCGUUUCCUGUUCCGGGAACGAGGAGAAGAAAGAAUCGAUCCAGUCGUCUGACACACUGGGAAGACGUCUCACAUUUGUGAUUGAAAUGGGAACCUGUCUGACCAGAAGACUGAGUGAAAUAUUUGAACUUUGUGCACUACUGAAUAAAUCUAAGCAGAAUCAGCAAAUGCAAUACUCCGCCCUGCUGUUUACAACCGUGUCUGGUGCAACGGAAACGACACGCCUAACCUCAAACACUGGCCAGAUUUGGAUUUCGGGAGAACAAUUCGUUCGGACGUUGCAUGCAUUUGUUGCGCAACAAGGAACGGGAUCGGAAUUAAAAACAAACGAGUUUGUGGAAUGGCCUCGGGCUACGGAAGCUUUGAGCAAGGCCGUUCGUCAGCCAGCUGCCUUCGAUGGAUCGCAUGAUACAAUUUUGUUGUAUCUUUGUAGCGGUUGUACCCCCGAAGGAUCCCAAUACAAAACCCUGAUUCGUGUUAUGAAACGCAAAGGAAUCGAUUUUCAUUACAUACCGGAGUCGUCAUUCAUCACAGUUGGUGAUCUGAACAGAAAUGUGUUUCUUUUGACCAGUGAUGAGCACUACGAUGAAGUACAAUCAGAUGGAUCCAUUCGUCGUGUGGUGAACAGUGGAACAGUGAAUGCACCACGAGACCACUGUACCCUGAUUGCCCAAGGUUCUGGUGGCUUUAUAUGGGCUUACCAGAAUGUGAUUACGACAAAACAGCGACUGCGAGUAGUUGUCCAAUCCAUCGCAAACCACCUGAAUAGACCAGGCACACAGCAAAGGCAGUGUGUCUGCCGCGAUGACCUGUACGGUGCAGGCAUGCUGGACUGUUCUAUCCCGGCGAACAAGUCACUGACAAUCAUUAAACAUCCGGAGCUUAUGCCCAUCAAUUGA